AUGUUUACCAUAACAAGGAUAUUGAAACAACGAGCGCACGCGAACCGAUGGAUAUUACUGUUCUUGGGCAUCACGAUACUCCAGCUACUUAUUUCUAUGAUUAACCUUAUAACCAACACCCGUUUCAGCUCACCGAAAAACCUAGGCCAGACUUUGGCUGCAAUCCAACUAGCAGAGGUUCUGAAGCAUAGAUUACAUAGAAAUAUUAUGGAGAGUGCAUGGAUAUUUAUGUUCCAGGUCUGGAGGCUAUGGGUUGGUUUGGAUGGAAUAAUAAGAGGAGACAGACCUCCUGUGAUUGUCGCUGGAGUAUCAACGAUAUGGACAAUCGCUAUGAGUGCUAUCCAAAUAGUCAUAUCCAGAAUGCUGAUUAAUCAUGGAAUGAAUGAAGUCUAUCCUCAACUUGUCAUGAGUGGUGUUCUUAUUGGCAUAUCUGCACCUAUAUUCAUUGUGGUAGUAAUGCUAGUAAAGAACUCCAGCUGGACGUCUACUCCAGAUCUAGGUCCUGAUCCCAAUAUGAAGAAUAUGUACAACUGUAUUUCCCGAUUCUUGGUUCUCUCCAAGUGCGGUAUAUUUUUCCAGUUUCUUUUGAUGCUUUUCCAUGGCGUGUUUAUGAAAGAUAUCGGAUUUCAGCCGUGGAACUGGGUACUUUUUAUUCCUCUUCCGAUACUUAGUCUCGUAUUUAUGCUGACGGGUCAAAAGGCAAUUGCAGCCGAGAGUUCCCCUUUGAUGAUAAUAUUUAUCCUAUAUCAAGCAUGCUUUCUGGCCUACAAUUCUUGUAUGAUUUGGUGGGGAGAGGGACACAUGGUAUACAACACAUGGAUCUUUUUAUAUACUUACAGUGGAGUGGCAAUGAUUCUGUGUUUGCUUACUCUCUUGACGAGUAUCCGAUGCCUUGCAAAUUUUGGCAAAGGUAUCCAGCCUUUUGUCAAAACAGGAUUAUUCAAUGGCAAAAAUGCCACGGACCUAUCCGAUGGAGAUGCGGAAAUGGCUUUCGCCACCGCGCCAAUGACACUUGAAAUUAACGAGAAAGAGGAGACUCCAAAUAAACACAACAACAACCUCAUAGUCAAUAGUGUCAUUGAGAUUACCACCAACAGUCAAAUCAAUCGUAGUGUCAAAAUUUGGAUACAGGCACCGAAAACAAGGUUUGAAAAUGGAACCCUUACUUAUAUAUAUCGUGUAACAAAGAAAAACCAAUAUCAGGCUGUCUAG